AUGUAUGAAUCCCAGAACCCUCUUUAUUCAUGUCGCUUGUUCAGGUACCUGAAGUGGCUGGCGGUGGCCAACCUGCUGGUGUGUGUGGUGCUGCUGCCCUUCACUCUCCACACCCACGACACGCCCGUCCCCUACCCCGCCGCACUAUACUUCGCCCAUAUAGAGGUGCCGGUGGGGAACGCACUCAUCGCCUCCAGCGUGUACAUCGUGGUCGGGCUGAGCAUCGACAGGUUCGUGGCUGUGUGUUACCCCCGCAAGUAUCGCAACCUUCACAGUCACUACGUCGCCUCCGUCAGGAUCUCCCUCUCCUUCGUCAUCGCCUUCAUCAUGUACGUGCCCAUGGCCUUCUACAAGAUGGUGGUCCCUGCCAGCGGCUUCCCGAGCAAGUUCCUUAUCGAGGAGAACCUGCAGGUGGUGUCGACGAGGUGGUUCAUGGUCUACGAGUAUCUGCUCGAGAUCUGCGUCAGGUUUGCUCCAGCGAUCCUCUUAGCGGUGCUCAACACUUGGAUCAUAGUGGAGUUUAAACGAAUCAGCCGGCGGCGCCUAUUGCUAUCCCGGGGCAUGAGCUGUGAGGUGUCAGCAAUUCCUUCUCAGUCCUACUUUGAGGGAAAUGCCAACACCACUGUAGUAAACCACUCUCCCUCCAAUGGCCGGGUGGAGUCUGAACCUGCUGCCGCCUGUCCCAACACCGCCAAUGACACCUCCAUUGGCCCCCAUGCUUCCAUCAAUAUCCCUAUCGUGAGCAAUCCCACCGCUGCCACCAGUGUGUUGACCACCAGCCCUACAACUAACCCCAGUGCAGUCACCACCCCAACCAAUACUGUAACUUCCUACAGCGAAAUUUCGCCCUUAAGUCAGGAAAGCAAGAUAGAAACUUGUCUCAUCAACAGCAACGAGCAUGCUGGUCACACGGAUUACAAAGCAGUUGAUGCCACGUCUCAUCAUGGUAAUGGUUAUAAGUCAGUGCUUGCUGAUGGCGACAUAGCAAGCACAAGAAACUCCUCGUCCAAGUCCACAACACAAAGCAGAGAAGGAAAGGAGACCAUUGGCCUCUCCAUGAUUAAUGUAUCAGGUGGAGGUGCGCCAGUUGCGCCGCCGCGAGGUAUGAGCGAGCGCCGCCACGACAUGGAACGACGCCUGGUGCUGCUUCUCGUCUCCAUCAUCGUCGCCUUCUUCAUCACCAACAUCCCCGCCGCCAUCCUGUCCCUCACCUUCAGCGACGACAAAAGGCAUGACGUCAACUUCCAGCUCUUCCGAGCCAUCGCAAACAACCUGGAGUUCCUGAACUUCGGUCUCAACUUUAUCUUGUAUUUUCUUAGUAAAGACAUCCGCAGCGCCUUUAUGUCACUCCUGCGGCACGCCAUCGACCGCCUGAAGGAGGGCAUCGAGGGCUCCAGCACCAAGUAUGCCGCCACCAACCUAUGAUGGUCCCGUGGCCCUGAAUUAACCGACCUAUGAUGGUCCCGUGGCCCUGACUUAACCGACCUAUGAUGGUCCCGUGGCCCUGACUUAACCGACCUAUGAUGGUCCCGUGGCCCUGACUUAACCGACCUAUGAUGGUCCCGUGGCCCUGACUUAACCGACCUAUGAUGGUCUUAUAUAGCCCCUGAGCUCACCGAGUUCUCUGUGGCCAUGAUCCCACUGAAAGGACCGAUACCACUUGUGGUGGGCUUCCACCGGUCUCAGGCGCUGGGAGGCCUACGAGUCCUACGUACUACCAGGACUACGAGUCCUACGUACUACCAGGACUACGAGUCCUUGUAGUUUACAAGCAGUAUAUCACAUUAUCAGUAGUGACCGUCGCGUCCAGAUCAAGUUUCAGUGUUUAAAGGGAUUCAGCCGGCCAUUAUGUAAAUUAUGCCCCACCGACUAGCCUGACUUAGCCUACCUCAUGUCGAAACCACGUCAUUUGGGUUGUCUUUACCAAUAUUAUGAUAAACUUGAUUUGUGGGUGUUUUGUUAAUUUAGACAUGUAGCGAAUAUCCACCUAGCCAAGCUUAUUGCAACAUUCCCUAACCCAAGUUGUCUCAUACUUACUAUUUGUAAGCUUAGGUUAGAUCUGGUGGGGCAAAUGUUAUUGUUCCGCCUGGCCUCGCUGGACUUGGCCUUGGACUUUAUAUA